CAUCAGGUUUUUGGGCAGUGUUGGUUGAAAAUGGAAUGUCACAUCAUUCUUUGGUUGCUCUGUUGUAUGCAUUUAUUAAUUCUUGUAAUAAGGUAAAAGUUAAAGCUAUCUUUUGUAGGAUUUUGGUUAUCUCAUUCAAUAGACAAUUCCAGCUAAAGACUAAAUUUUGAUCUAGGCAAGAAGAACAAAAUCCAUCACCACAGCUAGAAAGAGCAUGUUAAAAUUAGUAAAAUUGCAAAGUUUGACCGCGAAAUGUUGUAAAAUACGGAAAAUAUAGCCCUGUGAAAUUUGCAAAUUUUCUAAUAAUUUCUAUUACGUGCGGGAAAAUGCACCACAUUUGGGCGGAAAGUGGUGCAUUUUCCCAUGCGUAAUACAAUUAACAACCAUUGAUUUUGGUAGAGUGUUGGAUUAGCAAACCAAAGGUUGCGGGUUUGAAUCCCACUGCGGUCAAGCAGAUGCUCGAGAUCUGAGACAACACCACAAAGAUAUACAGGGUAUCCCCCCAAAAAGUGACACUAUAGAAAUGAUCCUAUUGUUAUAAUUUGAAUGCCCUAGCAUUAAGUUGAUCCCACAGGUGCAUAAACUUCUGCUUCUGGAAUUUAAAAUAAAAAAGCAAACCGUUUAUUAGUGUAAUAGUUUUGCUUGACUUGGGCGUUAAAAUAUUUGGACAAAGCGAAAACGUUUUAAAAUGCUUAAAUGUAAAUACAAGUUCAUUAAAUUCCCAGGCGUGUAAUAAACAAUGAGAUAAUUUCUAUAGUGUCACUUUUUUGGGGGACACCCUUUAUAGUAUCUUCACCUGACUGACCUGAGUGUAUAUAACACCAGAAACAAAAAUUCAUGAUUUUAACACAUUGGGCACCAGAGCUCUCCCCUUGUCAAAUAAAAUUGUCUGGCGUUAGACGGAGUAAAAUGAUGAAGUAUUGGGUGCAUUAGCUGGGCUCAAUGCAACUUAAUGGGUUAAAAUCAAAUCUAAAGGCAAUCCUUUCAUGUAAACUGCAGUUUUUGUCAAAUGUUGCAGCGUUUUUAUCCUUUGACAGAAUUCGCCAGUUGGUUUUAAGAUGAAAGCAUCUGUUCUGGCUUCCAAUAUCUACAUUUUGAUCAAUCAAAUUCCAGGUAAUUUAAUUUUGUUAACUUAAGGCAGUUCUCCAGUUCUGUGUGUCUGUAAAAUAUACUGUGUUUCAUAUUAAUGAUAUCUUUAUCUUAUAGGAAGUGGUGCAUACAAAAUCUUUCAUCCUUUACUCUUCCAAAAAGCUGUUGAUAUUUUACAAUGUUGGCCUGGAAAAGGUUAAUGGCAAUGAAAAAUUAACCCAUGUAGCACUAGUACUCUCCCCUUGACAAGUAAAAUUGUCUAGCGUUAGACAGAGUAAGAUGAUAAAGUAUGGAGCACUAAGGUGCAAUGCAACUCAACGGGUUAACUAGAUAGUAGAUACACACUGGCACUCAGUGGUACAGUAUGAUCAUACUGCCCACCCUAGCUCCCCUUCGCAAGUGAAAUUGUCUGGCAUUAGACCUAUCAAGUGAUUCAAUAAAUGCGUUCAUAAUUUAAGCAUUAAUCUUUGAUACAAGAAACAUUGAUGAAGUGUAAUGUACGGAUAUUUGCAACAGCUUAUUUUCCCAUAUUGAAUAUAGAAGAUUUGAAAGGUAAACGCAAGAAAACCAAGAAAACAAACGGUCUUUCAAACCGAAGAAGAAAAACCAGGCGUGUUAAUGGUAAUUUUCCUUACGCACUGACUCGCACUGUUGCAACGACUUUUCUUACUGUAUAUAUGUGUCAGUCUUUGGUGCUUGUAUAUGUUCAGUUAUGUAUAUUUAGUGAUGUUUUGUAGGUCAAAAUGCUGCCAAUGAAACCACCAGUGACGAUGAUUCUGAAGAUGAUGACAGUGAUGAUGAUGGUGUUUCAAGUUCUUUUAAUGAAGAGAAAAUUACUUUGGAAGUCAGAGACAGUAUGGUUAAACUUAUUGUGGUAAGUGGUGGUGGUUGUAAUGAUGGUGGUGAUGGUAGUGGUGGUGAUAGUAAUGGUGGUGGUGGAGGUGGUGGUAAUGAUGGUGAUGAUGAUUACUGCAUGAUGGUGGUGGUAAUGGUGGUAGUGAUGCUAAUGGUUGUAGUGAUUGUGAUAAUGGUGAUGAUAAUGAUGGUAGUGAUGAUGGUCUCAUUGGUGGUGGUAGUAGUGAUGGUGAUGAUGAUGGUGGUGAGAAUGAUGAUCAGUGGUGGUGAUAAUAGUGAUGGUGAUGAUGGCAGUAUUGAUGGUGAUCAUGAUGGCAGUGAUGGUGUUGAUGGUUGUGAAAAUGAUGAUCAGUGGUGGUGAUGAUGGUAAAUGUACUGGAUAUAUUUUCUUCUGUUAUUCCAGGAUCUGACAAAAUACCUCCAGUCAAAAUCACUGAAAGACUCCAAAGAAACUCUGGAACACAUUAUUUCUUUACUUGUGGAUCUCACAAGGAUAGAACCUUCAGUUGUUGAAGAAUUUGAGACCAGCGAGACAAGGUAUCUCUUAUAUCAAUGCAAUAUCAAUACAAUACGAUAUCAAUAGCAUACUUUAUGGUCUGACUACAAUUGCCUCUUACUUUCUCAAUAUAUUUUACUGCAGAAUGACAUCAAGUUCAAAGAAAUCGCUCAGUGCACUCGUUUAUAGGGUGAGUUGACAAAAGGAAUCGUCUUUAGACCGAAGCAGGUGUUAAACUGUGGCAGGAUCAGCAAGGGCCGAGAGAUUCUAGGGGUUAGAGAGAUUCUAGGGGGGGGGGGUAACCCACCUAACACUCCCUCCCCACCACCAGUAAAUCCGCUCAUGAGGAUCAACCUACUAGAUUAGCUGCACUAUAUUCCUUGUCUGAAGAGUCUGAUUACCCUUCAGUAUCUUAUGUGUAUGUCACUUUCAGGCUCUACAAAUUAUUGCUUUACCUCUACAUGGAGAGGUUGGACACAGUCUGCGACAGGUAUGAUGUAUUUUACGAUUCCUAAGUGACACUGACUGGACUAAUUUCAUCCAGCUUCUCAAGUAGAAGGGAUGAAAAAGUCAUUAUUUUAUAACUCAUUCUUUUUUACUGUUUUCUCUCAUUUCUGUAGAUCUUCAGACAUCUUCUUUGCAACAUUAUGUCGACCUAUAAGAACGCAUCUUCAGCGUCCAGUUCUUCAAUUUCUCAAGCGAAACAAGUUGUAAGGGACAAUGCUGUUAACUUUACUUGGUGAGUAUUUUAUACCAAGUGCAAACGAAUUUAUCCGAGUGCAAACGAAUAAAGGGCCUUGAAACUUUGAAGUGGUUAUAAUCUUUCUAGGCUGAGUUCAGACCCAAACUUAUAACCACGAGAGCUUUAUAUUGUAGAAUAUACAGUACUACCUACAGUACACUAGACCACCACGUUUGAGAUAUCUUUUCACGUAGUUCAGACACAAACCACGACAGCUUAUUGUAGAAUACUACAGUACCUACACUGGACCACCACGUUUGAGAUAUCUUUGUCAGGUAGUUCAGACAUAAACCACGACAGCUUAUUGUAGAAUACUACCUACACUGGAUCACCACGUUUAAGAUAUCUUUUUCAGGUAGUUCAGACACAAACCACGACAGCUUAGUGUAGAAUACUACCUACACUGGACCACUACGUUUGAGAGAUCUUUUUCAGGUAGUUCAGACACAAACCACGACAGCUUAUUGUAGAAUACUACCUACACUGGACCACCACGUUUAGAUAUCUUUUUCAGAUAGUUCAGACACAAACCACGACAGCUUAGUGUAGAAUACUACUGGACCACAACGUUUAAGAGAUCUUUGUCAGGUAGUUCAGACACAAACCACAACAGCUUAUUGUAGAGUACUAUACCUACACCGCGUGGAUCCGCUAUGUUUGGGAAUCAUACCUGAGUACAUUUUUUUUUAAGUCACAUCGUGGAGGAAAAUGAAGAAGAAGCGUUGCCUGCUGUAAGAGUCCUCGUUCAACAUUUAUGUAUGAAGGUGCCAGAUCAAGCCGAGUUUAGAAAUUCUGUAGGAAGGGUAAUGUUAUUUUAUUCUAUUGUAUUCGAGAUUGUCGUGCACCGAAAUUGAAGUUCAUCACAAUAUGUCGCAUCAUAACAGUCCUAGUCAUGGUUUCUGACUAUAAAGUACAACUGUUUUUGGCAAACCUUAUAGCCAGGGUUUGUCUUUCAUUGUUUUGAAAUCGAGAGAUCUAUUCUCCAUUCCUAUUCUUAUUUUAUUCUUGAUGAAUUGUUAAUUUCAGGCUAUAACUGUAAUCCUGGAAUGCUUUUCUAAUGAGAGUCUGGCUGACAUUGUAGCAUGGAUUACCAAGUACUCGAAAAAUUCAAAGGUAUAGAACUGUUUCUUACAAUGGAAAUUUAAGUACACUGCACGGCUGAUACGAAUAUUCAUUAUUUCAGAUAGGUUAUCGGGUUUUCGCACUGGAUUUGAUUUUGAAAAUUCUAACAAAUACACAAGGUAUACAUUUUAUUUUUCGUCUGUCUGCAUAACAGUAACAUAAACUGAACUACCUUAAACUGACUUUAUUUAGCACAACAUCAGUCGAGAUUUUCUUAUCUGGAUUUACUCCAACUCAUUGUGUCGAGGUGUUCUGAUAAGGCUCCAACGUAAGUCCAUGUAUAUAUUAGUCUUUUUACCAAUAUAAGUAAAGUUAGUUUGGUUUAGGUUUCCUCUUGUAGUAACAGUGUAACCAAGUAGUUUCCUCCUGGAGUAACACUGGACCGAUAUAAGCAUGGCUAGUACUGAUUCUCUAGGAAGAAGAGUUUAGAACUGAUACCCAAUUACUGCAUGUAUGAAUGUAGGUCAAGUAUACACUAACGAACUAUACUCAUUACAUAAAACAUUAGCACAGUGUAAGACUGUGUAAUACAUUUUUUCUUUUCAGAGUACGUGCGAAAGCUCUGUGCCACCUAGCACAAUGUAUUUGUUCGGCGAACGACGUAAUUACGGCAGCUGUAAAGAAACUUUUAACAAUGCCACUUACCAAUGGAAGCAUGGAAGAACACACAACGCCUGGGUUGGCUGCGCAAGAAGGUACUAAACAAUGCGAUGCGUAAAGUCCUGGAUUCCUAGAGAUGUUGGUGACAGUGUGAUUAUUAGCCAAGUACCCGUGUCUUUGACCUCUGUGACCUGGGUUUAAAACCACGGUCAAACAAGGAUAAGAGUUGAGAAGCGAGAGUUUACAUGAGAGUUUUCUCAACUCUCAUGCCCCGGUCAAACGAGAACAAGAGUUGCAUGAGAGUUGAGAAGCGAGAGUUUGCAUGAGAGUUUUCUCAACUCUCAUGUCCUGGUCAAACGAGAACAAGAGUUGCAUGCGAGUUGAUGAGAGUUGAGAAGCGAGAGUUUGCAUGAGAGUUGAGAUGCCAGUGUUUGCAUGAGAGUUGAGAAGCGAGAGUUUGCGUAAGAGUUAUAAUGACAGUUGAAUGGAUAUUACCGGUCAAAAACUCUCAUCAACUCUCAUCAAAAUUUGAACCAGCUCAAACUUGAUGAGAGUGCAUGACAGUUGGCGGUCAAACACGAGCAAGAGUUGCAACUCUCAGAAACUCUUAUCCUCAUUUGCCCGGUGCUUCAUACCCGAAAUUUCGUUCAUUUCAGCCUCUCAAGAUCAAACUGUGUCGGCGAUGAUCAGACGUAGAGUAUCAGAUGGAAAAGUCGUCGUACGAAAAGCUGCUAUUCAGGUGUGUAGGAUGUACACAGGGUUUAUUGCUAUUAAAGAAAGUAUCGUGAAAGUAUUCUUGAACUGUCUUUGCCAAGUAGUGCCAAUAAAAUGAACAAGCUUUCGUUGAUAGGAAUGCAACUACCUGCAGUCCUUGAAACUCAGGUCGGCAUUCGGCAACGCCGACCUAAAUGCCGACCUGCAAAGCGAUAUAUGUAGAUUUAGGUCGGCAAAAUUUUGCCGACCUACUUUCAAAUACGUCUCGGCAUUUUUUCCGCGAACGCAUCUUUCACAUACGCAUUUUCAACGAGCUUGGGUAGUAGUCACAUUGCAGUUUCAUUGUUGAAAACUUUGAAAAGUAAACAUACGAGUUAAAAUCGUUGCGCUUCAAGAUUUAAGCGAAAGUAGGCAUGGUAAUAAAGUAAUCACAACAUGCAUGCACUGUUCGAUUGGAGUUCAUACAUUUUGUUUGUUGUUUUGUUUGCUAUAUUGGCAUUGAUUGCAAUUAAUUGCUGUUUAUAAAUACACAUAUUUGCAGCAAGCAAAUUAAAUUUUCAUUUGGAUAUUUUCUAUUUGUUUGAAAAUAUUUGCCGACCUAGGUUGAGAAUUAUCGCUUUUAGAUCGGCAAUUUUUUGCCGACCUGAAAUUUUGGGAGUUUCAAGGACUGCUACCUGAAAAUGUAUAAGGAGAAUUUUUUUAUAUAUUUUCAGGUAGUUGCAUGCCUUCCGACGAAAGCUUGUUCAUGAAAGUGUUGCCGUUAACUAUUUCAUUUCUUUAGGUUCUUGAGAGCAUAAUAAGAAUGAAUAGUGCCACACUAUGUAAAAAGGUAAAAAGUGCUAAACCAGUUUAGAACUCGGUCAAUUUGUUAACUUGCAGAAAAUUUUGGGAGAUUAAACUACUACACUUUUCAUAUUUGGUCUAUUCAGCAACCCUAGUCUGUUACUUGCCACAAACAUAAGGAUCGUCGCAUUGUCAUUCUUUUGCGCUCUAAUUUUUUUAAAUUACUUAAUUACCUAAUUUUUAAAAAUUACUUUAAAUUUUAAAUAUACUCGCAGAAAAUGUUACAUAUUUUUAGUUGUUAGAUAAAAAUAUUUUCGCCCUGUGGAACUCGCAUCGCAGUUUUCAGAACUCCAUUGAAUGAAUUUUAUGUGUGGUUUUGUCUUAGGAUUUGGACACACUCCAUGACAGGACGAUGGACCCAGCAUUGUCAGUGCGCAAACAAGCGAUGGUAUCCAUAACUGCUUUGUUAACUGAGAAUCCAGAUUCAUCCCUAUUGCACGGGUAAGAAUAGCAUGCUUCAGAAUUGGACCUCGUGGUAAAUCCAUCUCUGUUAUUUGUAAUAUAUUUACGAUCUCUGUUAUUUGUAAUAUAUAAAUAUGUUUUAUAUUUCUGUAGUAUCUGGCUGGACGCCAUCUUGCCUCUGGUGGUAGAUCGUGAGACAACAGCACAGGAGAAAUGCUUGAGUGUGCUGGAGGAAAUUAUUUUGCACCAUAUUGCUCUGGAGAGAGGAACACAGAAUGAAGAUCAAGUGUUGUCUUGGAAGUUGUUACAGUUGAUAGCAGGGAUAUCUGGGCAGGAGUUAAGGUACGAUGAUGGUGGUGGUGAUGAUGGUGGUGAUGAUGGUAGUGUUGUUGAUGAUGGUGAUAGUGGUGGUGAUGGUAGCGGUGGCGAUGGUAGUGGUGAUAGUGAUAAUGUUGAUGAUGGUGGUGAUAAUGGUGAUAGUAGUAAUGGUGGUAAUGAUGAUGGUGUUGUUGUUGAUGAUGGUGGGAAUUGGUAUGGUUGUGAUGGUGGUGAUCGUGAUGGUGAUGGUGGUGGUGAUGGUAGUGACGAUGGUUAUGAUGGUGACAGUGGUGAUGGUGAUAGUAGUGAUGAUGGUGGUGAUGAUGGUGGUGAUCGUGAUGGUAGUGAUGAUGGUGGUGAUGAUGGUGGUGAUCGUGAUGGUAGUGAUGAUGGUUAUGAUGGUGACAGUGGUGAUGGUGGUGGUGGUGGUGCCAAUGACAGUAAUGGCUUGAUGAUAAUGAUGAUAUCCUUCUUCAAUCCUCAAUUCAGGAAUAAGAACUUUCUUUACAUGAUGUGUUUUCCUUUCCAGACAUUAUUUUCAGAAGGUUUGUUAUCACUGGGCGAAGCAAGGAAAGUUUACUCCAGCCAAAAUCAAAGCAAUCAUGAGUCAUACAAUAAACGCAAAUGCUUCAGCUGCGUGGCUAUUGCUGUCUGAAAUAUCUGCAUUCAAACCAAAGUUGGACCACAAGAAGAUUAUCGAGUGCUGUAAUGAAUAUAUAUCUGAGGGUUAGUAUUGAUCACUAUUGUAAACUAGCAAAGGUGCUUUACGGUUACCUCGAUUUUUGCAGGAUGCAGUUGAUAAUUUCUUCUCAAUCACACGUACGAAAAUGCUUUUAAUAUUACUGUGCCAAAAAACAGCUUCCUGUAACACUGGAUCAAUAAGAGAUGGUCCUUCCUGAACAGUUUAGAACUGAUAGAGCUAUCCAGUAUAAAUAAAAUUAGUUCAGUUUAGGUUUCCUCUUGUAGUAACACUGGAUCAAUAAGAGAUGAUCCUUACUGGACCUCUAGUGAGAACAGUUUAGAACUGAUAGAGCUAUCCAGUAUAAAUAAAGUUAGUUUAGUUUCGGUUUCCUCUUGUAGUAACACUGGAUCAAUAAGAGAUGAUCCUUACUGGACCUCUAGUGAGAACAGUUUAAAACUGAUAGAGCUAUCCAGUAUAAAUAAAGUUAGUUUAGUUUCGGUUUCCUCUUGUAGUAACACUGGAUCAAUAAGAGAUGACCCGCACUGGACCUUUAGGGAGAACGGUUUAAAACUGAUAAAGCUAUCCAGUUAGGAACAUUGCCUUUGUGCAUAAAAAUAUUAUGCUAUUCUAUUUUUUAGGCAAUGAAGAGUUGUUAUGCCGUGUUCUUAAAGUGAUUGAAAAUAUUGCUGCUGAUAUUCCUGUUGAUAUUAAAGAGGAUUUAACAGGUAUAAUCCCUUACGUUUAGAUUUCAGUUGCAUCAAGCAGUAUUUUCCUGCCAGUAGAAUAAAUAUGACAAAAACUGUAUAUUUUUGUAGACAAAUUACAAGGACAGUUGACAACAUUCAAAUGUUCUCCUGAUGUCAUUGUUGGAAGCAUGAAUGCUCUUUUUAAGGUAUUUUUAAUAUUUUUGAAAACAUAAUAUACAAUGUUUAGGACAUUUUUCAGUAAAUAACAUUACUCAAUUAUAUCUGUUGCUUUAGCUUUGUGAUUCUCUGUCUGAAGGCAAUGUAAGUUUGUUGUCAAUUUGAGAAAUUGUUUCCUAUUGUUACUUUCUUUGCUUGUCUUUAAUGAUAUAUUAUUUCUUUGUGUAGAAACAGAUUGAUACGUGGUGUGCCGACUUGUUGAAAACAUCCGAGACAUAUUUGUCGGGAGUCGUAUUGAACCCUGACUCGGGUAAAAAGAUUUUAUUUAAUUGCUCAAAACAAUACCACAGAAUGUAGUACAAUGUAAUAUUGUUGAAGGGACCUGUAUAUGAAAAUUUCCAGUGGAAUUUUUUAUACAGAUCUAACGAAUUUUUUAUACAGAUCUAACGAGGUACAGUUACAAAAAAUGCUACUAUAGACCCAUUGCACUGACGUCGCAAAUCCUUAGAGUGUCCUCCAGAUGCUCCCUAACAAUAUCUGUUCGGGUACAACAACCACAUACAGCGCAAAAAUUAACCAUUUUACAAAAUUAUUAUAAAGUUUUACAAAAUUAGCUUUGUUUACAAAAGUUAUAUUAUGCAUAGAUUGCUAAUUAUUUGUCUUCCAGAUGCAUCUUCACCGGCGCUGUGACGUCAUGUGCAAUGGGUCCAUAGGCCUUCUGGUGUGAAUCGAAGCUGCAGCCCUGCAAUUCCAGUACAGCGCUCUAACCAACUGAGCUACAGAGAGACAGUUGUCAAGCUCUAACCAACUGAGCUACAGAGAGACAGUUGUCAAGCUCUAACCAUCUGAGCUACAGAGAGACAGUUGUGGAGCUCUAACCAACUGCGCUACAGAGAGACAGUUGUCGAGCUCUAACCAACUGAGCUACAGAGAAACAGUUGUCGAGCUCUAACCACAAGUUCAUGUAUAAAUACUGAGGUGAUGUCAGUGUAUGGGUAAAUAUCAGCUCGACAACUGUCUCUCUGUAGCUAUGGUAUACAGUACUGUACAGUUCAAUACAUAGAUAAUGUUUUUUAAGGCAAUCAAGUCGACGAAGAAGCAAUUGUCAAACAUUUAUUUACAAUUGGAGAAGUUGCUUUGGUAUGUUUUGUAGUGUCAACUGACGUCCAUAGAAGAUAUGGUAUACUGUACUGCACUACGUUCUAACAAAAACAACCGGUAUCUUAAUACAUAUUUUGUUUACUAGUUGUGUCCCAGAAAUACAAACAAAAGACUGUAUUUAGUUGUUCAAUCUAUGAUCAUAACUCCGCCUCAGGAAAAUGGUAUGCGAUUCUCUGUAUUACGAUUUUUUGUUUGAGAAACUGACACAGACCUGUCAGUCUGCCAUCUCAUAGCCUGUUUUGCAGACUGAGUUAGGUCAAUGGACACAUGUUAGCAGUCCUCGCAUCGUUUUCUAUAAUUUUUUUUGGUAGCUUCAGCAAAAUCUGCUCCAGUAUCUUUGCAAAGAUGUUCUUUAUCUCUCUCACCAACAGUAAAAGCACACGCUUUUAUCACUCUUGGUAGGUUAUAAAAUUACCUACAUUGGUUUUACUGUAAUUCCAUCUAUAUCCACUGUUGUUACUUCAUCACCACCAUUAUCACCACUAUCAUUGUCACCACCAUCGUCAUCAAUAUCAUCACCACCAUCAUCACCAAUAUUAUCAACCAUCAUCAUCGCCACCACUAUCACCAUCAUCAACCACCACCAUCAUCAUCACCACCAUCAUCAUCACCACCAUUAUUAUCACCAGUCACCACCACAUUAUCAUCAUCAUCGCCACCACCAUUAUCAACCAACAUCACCCAUCACCAUCAUCACCAUGACCAACAUCAAUUUAAACAACAGUACCUCUAUGCAAAACACCAAUUGAUCCACCACAUUAUGUAGGUAAACUGUGUUUACAAAAUGAAAUGCUUGCCAAAGACUGCAUUGCUGCUCUGACGAAGGAACUGGAGACCUCGCAAGAUCCUGCUGUCAGGAACAACAUUACUGUCGUUCUUUGUGAUCUGUGCGUAAGGUACGAACACUUGAACUGAACUAACUCAAGAGCCGAGACUUACUUUAAACUGGAUCUCAACUGUUCUCCCUAGAGCUUCAGUAAGGAUUUUCCUUUACUGAUUGAAACUGAAGUAGCCGUAGAACACUUGCGGUACUGGUGGAGUCAAACUUGAUUCUGACGAUGAACAACUGCAUAUUGCAGAAUCACAUCUGUGAUAACAGCUUGAAAGAUGGAAUCUUUGUCACACAGAAGAGUGUUUCACGGGGUGUUUUUUCUUCAUUUGCUUAGGUACACAAAUCUUGUUGAUCGUUAUAUUCCAAACAUUGCAAGAGGACUGAGAGAUAAAGAACCUCUUAUACGAAGACAAACUUUGACUUUGCUUACACAUUUGCUGCAGGUAUGCACUUCUAAUAAACUAAACUAUACUGUAAUUUUAUUUAUACUGGAUAGCUCUAUCAGUUUUGAACUACUCUCCCCAGAGACACAGUAAGGAUUAUCUCUUAUUGAUCCAGUGUUACUACAGAAGGAAACGUAAACUAAACUAACUUUAUUUAUACUCGAUAGUUCUAUCAGUUCUAAACUGUUCUUCCUAGAGGUCCAGUAAGGAUCAUCUCUUACUGAUUCAGUUUACUACAGGAGGAAACCUAAACUAAACUAACUUUAUUUAUACCGGAUACUCUAUCAGUUCUAAGCUAUUGGAUCAUCACUCAGUGUUACUACAGGAGGAUUAAACCUAAACUAAACUAACUUUAUUUAUACCGGUACUCUAUCAGUUCUGAACUAUUCUUCCAGUGUUACUACAGAAGGAAACCAAAGCUACACUAACAGUAACUUUAUUUUAAUAUACUAUUAACUUGAUCAGUUCUAAACUGUUCUUCCUGAAGGCAGUGUAGUCCAGAAAGGGCUGGAAGCACUCUUCUCACAUAAAGCUUCUACCUUAACAGGAAGACUAUGUGAAAUGGAAAGGUUCCUUGUUCUUUCGGUUUGUCACAGCUUUGGUUGACGAAGAUAUACAGAUCAGGAAGUUCGGUAAGAGAGUUAUGUAUUAGUAAUAUAACACUUUUGAAGUUCUGUUGUUUUAAUGUUUUAUUUUUCAUUUCUAGCUGAUUUCUGCCUGGUUCAUUUGCUGUUGUCCAGGCAUCCUGGCAUGUUUCAUCAGCACUUCAUCGAAGCUAUUUUCCAUUUUAAUGCUUUUGAUAAACAUAAAGGUUUGAGAAAUUCUAUAGCUGCAUUUAAUAGAGUACUAUCGUGCAGCAAAUGUGGUCAAUCUGCUGUUAUGAGAGUGAAAAAAUAAUGUUGAUGGAAAGCUGUGUAUCCUUCUUUUAGUGUAUAACCAGUUUUAUCAAACGGACAAGGAAAAGGAACUGUUCUCAUUGAAAGGCCAGGCUAAAGCAAGGUAAAUCGUGAUCGGUAAACAUCGUUUUCAAACGAGCAGUCCACUAUUUCGUUUCCUGUUUCCUCCUGUGGUAACAUUUUCGUCUCCAUAUUCGCAAUUCUCUUAUCCAUAUUCGCCAUUCUCUUCUCCAUAUUCGCCAAAGUUUUCGUUAUUUCUCCACAUGACUAUACAUGAGUGGCAUUUGAGCUUUCGGAAUUCGCACUGUUCACUUUUAUGGUGAAUGAGAUCGCGCUUUAUUAAUAUUUCUUCGUACUCUAGUAAACGAAUGGCCAUCUACAAGUUUCUUCUUGAACACACCACUGAUGAACAACGAUUUAACUUGACUGGAAAACUUUGCCAAGAGGU